AUUCAUUCCGAGAUCUACAUCUCAUCAUGAAGCAUGUAUGCAUUUUUCGCUAUAAAUAAGCCCAUUCGUUCAUCUCCCUGAACUCGCGUCUUGCCCUCCAUUUCUCUCUCAUCACCACCACUCUCUCUCUCUAGACUCGGUCUCCAUUGUUUUCCUUCCCUUCUCUCCCACAGAAAAAUGGCGUCUCACAUUGUUGGAUAUCCCCGUAUGGGCCCGAAGAGAGAGCUGAAGUUUGCUCUGGAAUCAUUCUGGGAUGGCAAGAGCAGCGCCGAGGAUUUGGAAAAGGUGGCGGCGGAUCUCAGGUCGUCCAUCUGGAAGCAGAUGUCUGAUGUUGGGAUCAAGUACAUCCCCAGCAACACUUUCUCUUACUACGAUCAGGUUCUUGAUACGACGGCAAUGCUUGGUGCUGUUCCACCGAGGUACAACUGGACCGGUGGUGAGAUUGGUUUCUCUACUUACUUCUCCAUGGCCAGAGGAAAUGCCUCCGUUCCUGCUAUGGAAAUGACCAAGUGGUUUGACACCAACUACCACUUUAUUGUGCCGGAAUUGGGGCCUGAUGUGAAGUUCUCAUAUGCUUCCCACAAGGCAGUGAAUGAGUACAAGGAGGCUAAGGCGCUCGGUAUUGACACGGUUCCAGUUCUUGUUGGCCCUGUUACAUACUUGUUGCUGUCUAAGCCUGCCAAGGGCGUGGAGAAAAAUUUCCCUAUUAUUUCUCUUCUUGACAAAAUUCUUCCAAUCUACAAGGAAGUUAUUGCUGAGUUGAAGGCCGCUGGUGCUACAUGGAUUCAGUUUGACGAGCCCACUCUGGUUAAGGAUCUCGAUUCACACGAUUUGGAAGCGUUCAUGAAGGCAUAUUCUGAAUUGAAAACAUCUUGGUCUGGCGUCAAUGUCCUGAUCCAGACUUACUUCGCUGAUGUGCCUGAAGCUGCAUUCAAAACCCUUACCUCACUGCCUGGAGUUGCUGGUUAUGGUUUCGAUUUGGUUCGUGGAGCUAAGACCCUUAACUUGAUUAGAACUGAAUUCCCUCUUGGAAUGCACCUUUUUGCUGGAGUUGUUGAUGGAAGGAACAUCUGGGCUAAUGAUCUCGAAGCAUCUCUCAAGACUCUACAGUCCCUUGAAGCCAUUGUUGGAAAGGACAAGCUUGUUGUGUCCACCUCGUCCUCGCUUCUCCAUACAGCUGUUGACCUCGUAAACGAGCCUAAGCUUGACAAAGAAAUCAAAUCGUGGCUUGCAUUUGCUGCACAGAAAGUUGUCGAAGUAAAUGCUCUGGCAAAGGGAUUGACCGGAGAGAAGGAUGCGGAAUUCUUCUCUGCUAAUGCUGCUGCUCAGGCUUCUAGGAAAUCCUCUCCAAGAGUGAACAAUGAAGCUGUCCAGAAGGCUGCUUCUGCUUUGAAGGGUUCCGAUCACCGUCGUGUAACAAAUGUCAGUGCCAGACUUGAUGCUCAACAAAAGAAGCUUAACCUUCCAAUCCUUCCAACCACCACCAUUGGUUCCUUCCCUCAAACCGUUGAACUCAGGAGAGUUCGUCGUGAGUACAAAGCCAAGAAGAUCACCGAGGAAGAGUACGUCAAGUCCAUCAAAGAGGAGAUUAGCAAAGUUGUGAAGCUCCAGGAAGAGCUCGAUAUCGAUGUUCUUGUUCACGGAGAGCCAGAAAGGAAUGAUAUGGUUGAGUACUUUGGAGAGCAAUUAUCCGGUUUUGCAUUCACCGCCAAUGGAUGGGUGCAAUCUUACGGCUCUCGAUGUGUGAAGCCACCAAUCAUUUACGGUGAUGUCAGCCGCCCAAACCCCAUGACCGUCUUCUGGUCCAGUGCUGCUCAGAGCAUGACCAAGCGCCCGAUGAAGGGCAUGCUCACCGGCCCUGUUACCAUUCUCAACUGGUCUUUCGUCAGAAACGACCAACCUAGAUUUGAAACCUGCUAUCAGAUUGCUCUGGCUAUCAAGGAUGAAGUGGAGGAUCUUGAAAAGGCGGGAGUUACCGUUAUCCAAAUCGACGAGGCUGCACUGAGAGAAGGGUUGCCUCUUAGGAAAUCCGAGCACGCUUUCUACUUGGACUGGGCUGUCCACUCUUUCAGAAUCACCAACUGUGGAGUCGAGGACACCACCCAGAUCCACACACACAUGUGCUACUCCAACUUCAACGACAUCAUCCACUCCAUCAUCGACAUGGACGCUGAUGUCAUCACAAUCGAGAACUCCCGUUCGGACGAGAAGCUGCUCUCUGUCUUCCGUGAGGGAGUGAAGUACGGUGCUGGAAUUGGGCCUGGAGUUUACGACAUCCACUCGCCAAGAAUACCCUCGACUGAGGAAAUCGCCGAUAGGGUCAACAAGAUGCUUGCUGUGCUCGAGACCAACAUCUUGUGGGUCAACCCCGACUGUGGUCUCAAGACUCGCAAGUACCAUGAAGUUAAGCCUGCACUCGAGAACAUGGUUUCUGCAGCUAAGCUUCUCCGCACACAGCUUGCCAGUGCUAAAUGAAGCCCCGUUGGUGGUGGUUUUCUUUGUUGAGUUUGAAUUUUCUCCGAUUUGUUUGUUUUUUUACCGGAUUUUUAAGAAAUGUUUUAUUAUGGUUUUUUUUUUUUAAAUAAUUGCUAUUGGUGAUGAAAGAUUCAUUAUCAGUGGGAUAGGUUUGUUAGGCUGCUGCUGCUGCCCAUUUGGGGCGUUUUGUUUCUCUUUUUUACGGGUUUUGUUUCUCCUUGAUUUUUCGUUUAAAUCAAUCUAUAUUUUAUUAUGUUUGAGUUAUUUAUUUAAUAUUUUAAUGAUA